GUAAGUCCAACAUGUGUACAAUCAAAUCAGUUCAUUCCUGGAUAUUUCAGAGUACUAUAAAGUACUUUGCUCAAUUAGUCAGAGAGAAACUGAUAUUCCUGUGUUCAGGAUCUCUCUGACUGCCUACAUACUGAAUAUCCUACAUAUUUACUGUUUAAAUUAAGAUAUUUUUCAAAGUAAAGUCCAACAUUUCACUGUGGAAUAGAUCAUUUCAGGAUACUUCAGAGUACUGUAAAAACUCUAUGCUCAAUAAGUUCAGAGAAAGACUGAUAUGUCUGUGUUCAUGACCUCUCUGACUACCUACAUACUGAAUAUCAAACAUAUUUACAGUAUAAAGUAAGACAUUUUUCAAAGUAAAGUCCAGCAUUUUCACUGCGGAAGUGAUCAUUUCAGGAUAGUUUAAAGUUUUAUUGCAAACACUUGAAUCAACAUCGGACCCUGGGUUUUUCGUAAUAAAACGGGUGAUGUGAGGAACAGAGCGACAGCCAAUAUGCACUCGUCGCACUUGUCUAGAGAUCACACCAAUAUUGUGACAAUACUGAAACACUUUAUCACAUUCAUUACCGCAAACUCAAACUUCAAUACGUGGUUUGAGGACACGUCUGUUGUGUUAAUUUAGAAAUGUAAAUAUUUAAAAGAUAAAUAACCAGACCACAGUUUUCAGGGGCGACACAACAGAUAAACAUGAUCAGCGCUUAGCCGAACUUUUGAUUACGUUUUGGUGUCCGCCAUUUUGAUGUGUAAUGUGUGACAGUUAUAUUGUUAUAUUGACAUCCGGCCUGUCAGCUUGACCACAACACUGUCCGCGCGGCUCCAGCCUCCGUGUAACGGCGGAGCAUCAGCAUUAAAGGAAACGAGACCGGGCGAGCUAACGACGCAGUCAUGAAUAAUCAGCCGCGGGCCUCCUCUGGGUGACCGGACCGGCUACAGUCGCCGCUCAGCCUGCACAUGACGACGGAUACAGGGAUGCAGAAGAGGUAAGAGCAGCGGGUGCUUAUGAUGGAGAGAGGAAAACAAACGGAACAUGUGACCUAACGUGAAACCGGCGCGCGACGAGGGCGGUGACAGCUCGGGUGGACAUCGUCCCGUCCACCAUCAAUGGCCCCGCCGCUGUAAAUAACUAAGCCGUACUAGCUUAAAACCCAAACCCCGUUUACCCCCGCCCCACCACCACUGGUGCCCGUUAGUACCGAAUUACUCCGGUAACGUCAGCAGCGUGAGCGAGAGGUUGCUAGCGGGCCGGUGGACGAUGGACAGCCGAGGCGAGUGAAAGACGAUACGCGGUGGAACAGGUCGAAGACAUUCUCUCCUUGUGUCCUGUGACCAGUGUUAAACUAUGAUUGAAGCUGCCGUUUGUGACUUCAUCGUGUGAAUUUGCUAAUGCUGAUUGAUGUGGCUUGAUGGCUAUUUAGCAAGACUUGACUGAGGCUUCCAAUCCUUGUUCAAAACAGCUAAGUGUAUGUGCCGGUGACGUCAGCCAUGUUUUGGAAGUUUGACCUGCACACAUCUUCUCAUCUGGAGGCUAUACUGGACAAGGAGGAUGUCACACUCGCUGAGCUCAUGGAUGAGGAAGAUGUGCUGCAAGAGUGCAAGGCUCAGAACCGGAGACUUCUCCUGUUCCUGUGCCAGGAACAGUGCAUGCAGGAGCUGGUCUGUAUGAUUACUACAGAGCCCCCUGCUGGUGGAGAGGAGACACAGCGUUUCAAGUAUCCAAAUAUAGCUUGUGAGCUGUUGACAUGUGAUGUGGGAGUGAUCAAUGAUAAGCUGGGUAAUGAGGAGUCCCUGCUGGAAACUCUAUAUGCCUUCCUGGAGCAGCCGUCCCCACUUAACCCCCUCCUGGCGUCUUUCUUUAGCAAGACAAUUGGGAACCUCAUCACACGGAAAACUGAGCAGGUGAUUAAUUUUCUGCGAAGGAAAGAGGGAUUCCUUUCUCUGGUCCUGAAGCAUAUUGAUACAUCAGCCAUGAUGGAUGUGCUCCUACGACUCAUCAGCUGUGUGGAGCCCGCACCUCUUCGACUCGAGACUCUUACUUGGCUGAAUGCAGAGAAGUUGGCAGAGAGACUCGUAGAGCUUAUUCACCCUGAGAGAGAUGAAGAGAGGCAGUCCAAUGCAUCUCAGACUCUGUGCGACAUCAUUCGUCUGAGCAGAGACCAGGCCAAUCAGCUCCAAGAGAUUUCACAACCUGACCCUCUGCUGUCUGUGCUGGAGUCGCAGGAGUGUGUGGAGCAGUUGUUGCAGAAUAUGUUCUCGGGAGAGAGGACCGAGAGCUGUAUCGUCAACGGGAUUCAAGUUCUUCUCACAUUGCUGGAAAUCAGGAGGCCUGUGGUGGAUGGUGUAAUGGAUGCACAGGGUUUUGAGAGAAGUUACACUGUUAACAGCAGCAUCUUGUUGGCCAUUGAACCACACCUGGUACACUUCCACCAACUGCUUCUCGAGCCUCCUAAGAGACAUCCUAUACUGACCAGCAUGGGUGUGCUGGAGGAACCACUGGGAAACACGCGUCUGCAUGUAGCUAGACUAGUUGCCUCCCUGCUGUACACCAGCUCUGCCAGCCAUGCAGUCGUAGCACAGGAACUUUGCAGACUUAAUACAAUGGACCUGCUUCUGGAUUUGUUCUUCAAGUACACGUGGAACAACUUCCUGCACCUGCAAGUGGAGCUUUGUGUUGCAGCCAUCCUCCGACCCUGUGCCCAUGAAAUGAGACUCCAGCCUGGUUUGGGAUCUCAGGACAAAUUCAGGCUUCAUCAGGAUGCAUCACAAGAGCAGGCUUUUACUGCGACCCCCACUCCUGAACCUUCAAUCACCCCUGAAAACUCUGCACAUAACUUAAUGGUGACUCAUUUGUUUCAUCACUGCCACCUUGUCCAGAGGAUUCUACAGGCUUGGGAAGACAAUGAUAAAAUACAAUCAGAAGGUGGUAUGAGAAGAGGGUAUAUGGGGCAUCUGACCCGGAUUGCCAACACAGUGGUCCACAACCUGGAGAAGGGCCCGGUUCAUACACAGAUUAGUAGCCUCAUCACAGAUCUGCCAGAGGACUGCAGAGGACGCUGGGAAACCUUUGUGGACCAGACACUGUCCGAGACCAAUAGGAAGAACACCAUAGACCUGGUUGGCACGGGAAACCCACGUCCUUCCUCAGAAGAUGAUAUGGAGAGCCCCUUCCCUAAAGAACUGACACUCCAGCAGGCCUUUUCAGACUACCAGAUUCAGCAGAUGACGGCUAACUUUGUGGAUCAGUUUGGCUUCAAUGACGAGGAGUUCACUGAUCAUGACGACAGCAUUGGGGCGACGUUCGACAGGAUUGCUGAGAUAAAUAUCAACAUCGAUUCAGGCCAGGACAGUGCUAAUACCGCUGUGUUUGAGGCCUGUUCCAAGGAGAGGAUUCAGCCCUUUGAUGAUGAUGAAGAGGACAUCUGGGAGGAGAAAACGAUCAACUAUGCAACACAAACAAAGUCCCGAAACAGGUUCGGUGGGUCACAGUCCUCCCAGAGCCAAGUAGACAAUAAGGCCUGUGACAGGGCAUCAGCUUCUGGCACUGAGGCCUCUGACAGCGCAGCAGACUCCGACUCAGAGGAAGGAGAGGAGCCCAAAGACGCCUCAGAUCCUUUCUCAAGCCAAAGCCCGACUGAGACAGCAAAGAGCACUGGCUGGAUAGCAGACUUCGGGGAGGUGAACUCGAAGGCACCUGCAGCAGGCGUGGGCUUUGCAGCGUGGGACACUCCACUCUCUCAACCAGCUGCCGCAGAUGGAGAGGAGAAGGGGUGGGCCAAGUUUACGGACUUCCAGCCUUUUUGUUGCUCUGAAACAGGCCCUAGAUGCAGUUCUCCUGUGGACUCUGAACUCAGCGGAUCAGAAAACACCAAGACAAACCAGAACCCUUGUGUGUGGAGUGUGUGUGUGGCGAGAAAAGCUCCACUGGUGGCGUCAGACAGCUCUUCCUCCAGCAGUUCUGAUAGCGACGAGGAAGAAGGCAAGACUGUGUCUACAUCCAGUGAGACGGUCACCACAGAGACCAUCACUACUGGUGCUGGCAAAGAGACCAUUCGGCUCACCAUGGAUGCUAAAAAUGAGAGGGCAGUCUUCAGCAGAGUAUUCAGACCAGCAGUCAGACGUGAAGCGGUUAAGGUGCCAAUAGAGGGGCUCACAGUGCAAGACACAGGGACAGGCAAUGAUAAAGACAACGAAAAAGGAAAGAAUAAUGAAGACUGUCCCAACCCAACUACUGCCAGUCCAUCUAACCAGUCAGCUGCUGUCACACAAGAGACGCAGGCCUCUGCUAAUGGACCGGCCUAGUGAUACGGUACAGGGACACACACACAAGGCACUUAUCACCACUUCAUUCAAUAUACAGCCAUGGCCACGCAUCCUUUGCUACCCGUUAGCGUCUCUUCAAAACCCUUGUCUGUGUCAAAAGAAUGGGAGAUCCUUAAUGUCAAACAGGCCUUGACAGUAUGUAUGUUGGAUGGCACAAAUCUGCAAAUGGGCUGUUGAUGGACUUCAUGACACGAUUAACUCUGAUCCAUGUCAAAGGAGAGUGUGUGUUCUGAGCAUAUCAUCUUGCCGAUUGCCACGUUAUGUUGCAUACGAAAGAUUUCUAGAUCAAAUUUUUACAUUGAACCUUGGAAAGUGAAGCCCUCUUGGAUUCUGUGAGGAAGAGAGCUGACACUAGGUGUGUGAGUGCCAGCUGUGUCCCUCAAAUCUUAAGAAAACAAACAACUCAGUCGGACAUUUCGAUUAAGAUUAUGGAUUAAAUUCACCUUCAGAUUUUCAGGGCAUUAAACCACAGCCCAGUGCAUUUUUCUAGAAAAGCAUUUCAUUGUUUACACUUUAGUAAAUAAAUUAUAUUUCAAUUGUCAGCCAAGAUUACAGAAGCCAAGAUGUUUGCAAAGCUAGCUGCCAUUUUGUCUUGAGCAUUUGGAUGUACAUGCCGGGCAGAUGAUUUAUUAGUGAAAUGUGUGAGUGAUAAUUUGGCUUUUGUUCAAACUUGCAACCUGAACAUUUCUCUCUCGACUAUCUCAUUAGAUUUCUUUACCUUUCUUAUGUGAAACAGGAAUUCUCCCUUUUUUUUUCUUCAGUUAGGUAGUUUAGUUAAACUGUUCUCUCUCUCUCUCUCUCUCUCUCUCUCUCUCUCUCUGUGUGUGUGUGCUCUGUCUAAGGUACAAGAGUGCAUUCUCAGGUCUAAGGAGAGGUAUGCAGAUAUAAAGAAAGCACACCUGUGUAACACACACACAGACAGUGGCAUACACAUGUAUACAUGGCCGUACACACACGUGCAAAUGAACCUGACACACAGUGAUGUGCACAUACCAAUUCAUAUCACCCUCAAAGCUGUUUAAAUGUAAUAUUGUGAAAUUUGAACCUGUAUUAGGUUGUGGCUCUUCUUGGUAACAUGUAAUCGUAAUAUAAAUGUAUACAGUAUAUAUAUAAACAUUAUAUCUAUUUUUGGAAUAAAUCCAGUGUAUGGGAAGGCGGUUGUUUUGCAGGUUGCAACGUGUGUAUCGUAUGUGUGUGUUGUACUGUUGAAAUGAGGCAAUAAUGAUGUCUGUGUUUCGGUUACUAGCCCAGCAUCAGCUCCUGAUCCUCUGCUACAUGCUUCCUACAUGGAGGUUUGAAAGCGUGCGAGCAUGAAUGUGAGUCUGCAGUAUGUCUUCCAUAUUGUUUACCUAAAGGAUAGUUCUGGUUUUUGUCAACUUGGGUCACGAGAUUUUAAGUCAUAGCUUUGAAACAAACUUGAACAUAAAGUAAUGGAAAAACAUUAAUCGCAGUCCGUCUGAAAUGUCCAGCUUCAACUUUGACUUUUUGUCAUAUGUGCACACUGUUCUUUUCAUGUAAAUGAAGGAUUAUUGACAACUAGAGCAGAAAAAAUGUGUUCUUUGAUCCAAUCUUAAUUUGAGAGGAACUAUCUUUUCCCAAUCUCUGCCCAAUUGAAGCUCCUUUUUAAAAAGUCUAGUGUGUAGGAUUAAUGGGAUCUAUCAGCAGAAAUAGUGCAUAAACACCUGGAAUUAACAAACAUUGAGUUUUUUAACCUUCCAAAGAGUCUACCAUGUUGCACCACCACUUUUUUACAGUAGGCCAGACCCAAUGACUGUAUAUAAAGAUGGCUGAAAUUACAGUUGGUUGAACGAAUGCAACAUAGGUCAUAUCCACCAUGUUGGCAGAUUGGACAUGGGCUAAACCAAAUGGACAAAUACAUUUUUUCCAAAGAAGUUUUCUGUCAUUUUAGGUACUUAUUCACACAGAUGUAUGUGUAACUGUUCAUUGUCCUUUAAAGUUAUUUGAUGCUAUAAAAACCGCCUUUUCAUGUUGGCCAUCCAUCCGUUAACUUUAUUGAACUUAGAACUUCAACAUUAGAUGCUACUAAAUCACACACUGUUAAACUUUAAUGUGAGGAUUUGUAGCUUUUCUUUGUCUAAUGUGAUAAUAAACUGAACAAUCUAUUUCCUGACAAACAAAAACACUUUAGAUCAAAGAUGCCCUUUAGAGUUUUCUCCUAAACAACUAAGGGAUAUUUAUAUUCAGUGUUGCUCACAAAAUGCAUCGUGUUUAUACCAAAAGAUGUGUUGAAUGCAUUUCCUUUUUUUUUUUUAAACCUCAAAGUAGACAUUUUUAAUCCUCUACAUUCAUGUUUACUUGUUUGUUGUCUUCCGCCAUUGAAUUGUUUAGAAUCUGUCCGAUUGUCUGACGAGUCGUAGUCAGUCCAGCCAUAACCAACACAAACCAUCAAAUUGCUUGGCCCAAGUUGAACUAAACCAGACUGAUCCUUCAAGUCUGCGAAUGCUGUACAUGUCGUGCUUUUCUUUCUCUUUCUCCUCGUCUCUCUUUCUCAGGGCAGGAGUUGAUCUUAGUUGUGUAAAUGCCAACAGAACGAUACACCUAGAUUGUUGUGUUUAUUUUAAAAGCACCUUUUUCAAAGAAGCACUUUUGGUUUGUAUUUAGUGGUUUGGCUAACCACCAUAUUAUUCCCUGGUGGGAAUGUUUGACUUGAACGCUUGAAUCAUGUAGAUACUUAAGAUAUAUUUUCUCUUCAAUGCUUUCUGCCAAAGUGUGUCUUCCCGCCAGUGUACAACUGGUUUUCAUAUCUGUGAAGUAGCCUCCACUUUCUCGCAGUAGUCUUACAGGUCUAGAUUUAUCUGAAGCUGUCUCUGUUUGAUCCCUUCCUCUUGUUUUUUCUUUGAAAGUCAUGUGACGGAGGUUAUCAGCGGGAGAAGACGAUGCCACAUGUAAAAAGACUUUGAAGUUUCAUCUCAGAUCACAACGCUUUUAUGUGCUCAGUGCUUGUUUGAAGUGGAACUGCAACGAGAAUUAGCGCCGCUGUAAGUCAGGGUUAGAAGAAAAAGAGGGCUGGGUUUGUUUUGUCAGGGUUUUGUGCACUGUCCAUUUUUUAGUCUGACCCUUUUCUUUGUAUUUUUGUUGCAUUGUGUAUUUCCUUCACCUGGUGAGUGUGGUGCGUGUGCAGUCUAGCUACGGUUAGGUGGGAUGUUAUGCAUUAUGACAUGAGGUCCGAUGUGUGUUAAGCUUUUGCUUCAUCCCGUUGUCUGUUACUUACACUUUGGUUUAAAUCUCUCCUAAUUUAGCUUCUUAAAUCCGUGUGCUGGUGUGCGUGUGUGUGGGAAGUGGAGUGAAAGACAUUGUGUCGUACAAUGCUCUUCGUUCGCAAAGCGGACUGAUGCUGGUGAUUUUAUUUAAUUUGUUUCAUUUAGAGAGUAAUGUGUCUAUUACCUGUUGUCAAUUUAGCUUGAACAUUCAGAUAUGAACUUAAUAAAUGUCAAGAUGAAAAUAAA